GCCAAGUGCAAGGCCGUAUCAUCAGUAUAGCCAUAGUGUAGCCAUUGUAUAGCCAUAGUAUAGUGUUUUUAUAUACCUUGAGUAUAGCCAGGUGGCGCAUCGGACAAAGAUAGUGUGUAUUUUUUGGUGUUUCAAGAUAUUCUCCUUGUGUUGCAUUAUUAGCUUCCCAAUAAAUUAUUAAAAUGUCUGAGAAACUAAAGGAAAUGCGGGAAAAGUCUCAGAGGAGGAGGCAGCUCCUGGCUCAGCAGCUUGGAGUCUCCAGCCCACAAAAUUUGGGCAAGGUUCUAGGAAGUACCUCAUCAUCAGAGAAGCCAAAUGAGGAGAAGAAAGAGGAGCCAGAGGCAAAGAAGGCCAAAAGUGAUGAAAGUGACACAGCUGAAGAAAUGGUGUAUACUGAUUCUUCAGCCUUCCUCAAGGGCACUCAGUCAGCCAACCCGCACAACGACUACUGCCAGCACUUUGUCGACACCGGCCAGCGGCCGCAGAACUUCAUCAGGGACGUCGGACUCGAGGACCGCUUUGAAGAGUACCCGAAGCUGAGGGAGCUCAUCAAACUGAAGGACGAGCUGAUCGAGGAGACGGCCACGCCGCCCAUGUACCUGAAGACGGACCUGCUGUCGUUCGAGCUGCGCCAGCUGCGCAGUGAGUUCGAUGUGAUCCUGGUCGAGCCGCCGCUGGAGGAGUACCAGCGCACACUGGGCGUCACCAACGAACGCUUCUGGAACUGGGACGAGAUAAUGGGUCUGCAGCUGGACCAGGUGGCCGCGCACCGUUCGUUCGUGUUCCUCUGGUGCGGCUCGUCCGACGGUCUCGACAAGGGCAGACAGUGUCUCAGGAAGUGGGGAUUCCGACGCUGCGAAGACAUCUGCUGGAUCAAGACCAACAUCAAAAACCCCGGCCACAAUAAAAACCUGGAGACUAAGGCCAUCUUCCAGCGCACAAAGGAGCACUGUCUGAUGGGCAUCAAGGGCACCGUGCGCCGGUCGGUCGACGGAGACUUCAUCCACGCCAACGUCGACAUCGACCUGAUCAUCGCCGAGGACCCCGGCUACGGGUCGCUGGAGAAAGCCAAGGAGAUCUUCCACAUCAUCGAGCACUUCUGCCUCGGCCGGCGCAGACUGCAUCUGUUUGGCCGCGAGUCGACCAUCCGACCCGGCUGGCUGACGGUCGGACCCGGCCUGACCUCGUCCAACUUCGACCCGGACCUCUACAACGGCUACUUCGCCGGCGGAAACACCACCACCGGCUGCACGGAGCGGAUCGAGGCGCUGCGUCCCAAGUCGCCGCCGCCCAAGAGUCGCGGUGGCUACAGCCGGGGCCGCGGCCGGGGCGGUCGCUGACCGCGGUAGGUGGCGCUCUAGUCGCUAGCUGCUUGUGUAGGUGGCGCUGCCAGUGCGAAUGCUGUCGGCCAGAUCGCAUGGUGUCUUUCCUUCAUCGUCACGUGCUCACACUGCCAGACGUUCUUCACACGCUGGCAGCCCUUCGCCAUGUGUGAUGUACGGGACACAUUUCAUUCAGAGAGACACGGACCCGCAGUGGUGGAUCUCAUCGAGAGAGAGGAACGUAUAACAGAACGGCGGCACUGCCAUCUGUCGACUGUGGCGGGACCUGGGGAUGGGCUGAUCAAUGAUCGUUGACCAGUGACCAGUGACCAGUGAUUACUGACUCCGUAAGAGCUGGAAUGGGAUGAUGUCGUUUCGCCCAAUAUUCAAUAUUGUGCCUGGUUACAUAGCAUUCUCGACGAGGCUUCAGCUCAUUUAUUUUGCGAUAAUUUCGAUGCAAUGCUCUUGGUAGAUUUAAAAGGCAUCAUUUUGUAAAUUGUAAAGCACCAUUGGCAUCUAUUGCAACACCAUGGGCGGAGCUAUAAGCUUGCAACAAUCCCUUUGUAAACGCGGUAUUGUGUCUCCUUUCGGAGAGGAAGUGCAUUUCAUUCGGCGUUCUGUGAUGGACAGUUAGAGGUAGAUCAGUUUUAUUGAACUCCCUGCAUAUUAUUAGUACGCGAGACAUGUUUCCCAUUUCGAUGUAUGUCUUUCUAUUCGUGGUGGACCCCGUACCAGACCAAUGUUUGAUACACUAUUUGCUAUCUUGAUUGGUAUGUUCUGACCGCCUUUUGUCGGCAUCCGUUAUGAAUUCGUAACUGGACAAUGUCGACUCGACAUGCAUUGCGCUGUUGUUUGAUCUUAUUACGGCAUUUCUGUUGUAAGUUCCGGCAGUUUCGUUCAGUGACGCUGCCGCCUCAGCCGCCGACCCCCAGCCCACUGAAACUCAGUGGCGGCCACUCACUGUCCAUUUGUACGUCAAUAGAGAACUGGAUACCAACUUUG